AUGCCUGUCCCGUUCGGAUACUCUUACGGCGAAGAGCAUUCUUGGAACGACGCUCGGUACGACGAGAUGCUGCCUGAGACAAAGGGCAAACAAUUCCCUCUAGCCCUCACCUUUGACAAUGACAACGAGCAUGUGGCGGCUCUUACGCAGUCUCAAGUCCAAGAUAUCAUGUGGGUGCACAAGGCUGCACUCGAGAUUGCCGAGAUUCCCCUCCGGGCUUAUUUCGUCCCAGCCAGAGACGGCCCCGUAUAUGAGUGCAAGCUCUUCUACGCUAUUGUGCCACUUGGUAGGGCUUUCCUGGAGAAGUACAAGGAAGCUUGGCGCCGCCUGACCAAGGAUCCGUUGCUCACCCUCAACCUCUGGGAUGACAAGCAGGAUGAGGUUCCUGUGCCAUGGACCGCAAGCAUCCAGGAGGCCAUGCGGGGCAUAGAUGCUCUCGACUGUUACCCGGUGGACGUUAAUGACCUCGUGCUAUACGUCCGAAGGCCCCGUAACCAGGACCUGAAACGCGAUCCAAUCUCGGUCAAAGUUUGUAGAGAUCGCACGUCGGCCACCGUGGCUCUGCAGAACAACAAGGAGCAAUAG